ACAGCCCUCGAGGUCUGUCGCAAGACGCCAGGAAAGUAAACAGACGUUCCGUAUCUCCAUACUCGUAGAACCUGAGAAUAUUUUUGGUUAUGUGGGUGAUGCGUGAGCUGCGUGUGAGUAAAUACCGGUGUGUAGAGUAGUGUAGAGCACAAUUCUAAACUGAUUAUCGGCAGCUGAGUCAUCAAACAAUAUGGAACCCUUUUAUACUGCUUUAAAUGCAGUCAAGGUAUUAAGAUCGAGCGUAGGACAUGUUUUUGACACUCUAGGAAAUGGUGUUAGAGCAGAUCAUGGAGAAGAAAAUAAGGAUAAUAAAUUUCUACUUGAAUUGCAAGAGCUCUUAAGCACCGUCAAUGUUAAUUUGAGAGAAUUAGAUCAAGCGGUAAAUAGCUUAACACCACCUCCAGGUCCUUUCAAUCUGGGUAACUCUACAUAUCUUACACAAGAGUGUACCCUUGAACGACAAGCAUUAUAUGCUGAUUUGGUGAAAUCAUAUAAAUGGACGGACAAGGUUCAUGAGUAUGGAAAUCUGGCUGUCACUUUGUUUAGCCAAAAUUCUCUGAAAAGAUCAUACAUAAAUUCAAGCAGCAAAAGAAGACGAAUGCAAACCAGUAGUCACAAUGUUCCACCUCAGUAUGUGUUUCUUUCUGUGACAAAUAUGAUGGUAGAAACUGUUGAUCAAGUGAUUGGUAAUAUUGAUCGGCAAUUCAGUGAUAUGAGUGUUACCAUUCAGAGGCCAUAUGCUACAAAUGCUGUGCUACAGAUUACGCUAGGCCGGAUCCUGAAAGCUAUGGCAGCUUUCAAGGGCCUAAUGAUUGAAUGGGUUGUGGUCAAAGGUCAUGGUGAAACUUUGGAUUUAUGGACAGAAUCUCGCCAUAAGGUUUUCCGAAAAGUAACAGAGAAUGCUCAUGCUGCCAUGCUACAUUUUUAUUCUCCAACCAUGCCUGAAUUGGCUGUUCGCUCGUUUAUGACUUGGUUUCACAGUUACAAUACUUUAUUCAGUGACCCUUGCAAGCGAUGUGGUAACCACCUUCAUAGUGCUCUGCCACCCACAUGGAGAGAUUUCAGAACUCUUGAGCCUUUCCAUGAGGAGUGCAAACCAUAGUAAUAAGCCAAGGAACCAAAUCUGAAUAACUCAGAUAACAUCAUUGGAAUUGAGCACGAUAAGAGCAACACUCUUCCUUAUUAACAAACUCUUUGAAACACCAUCCAGUUCAAACGUAAUUAUAUUUGUGACAGAAAACUAGCCAGAGAAGAAUUCAGUGAAAGAUAUUUUAUACAAAAUGAGGACAUUCCAGUGGUUUGAUGCAUUUCAGAAGAAAUGUGUUUAGUUUUCACAUAGAAGUAAAAACUGUAAAAUAUUUAAUAUAAUUUAUACCUUAAAGUUGAUAUUUGAAGUGAUGUGUGAAUGGAAUGUUCUGUUUAUUGGCAUUGCAUUUUCUAUUAAAAUAUUUGUAUAUAUUACUUAGUGUAAUGUUCUGCCCUUCUC